AUGCCGAGCAAGGUACUCGCGGUGGUGGUGCAGGAGCCGCCAAAAGUCCAGCUCCCGCGCGGUCGCCAUGUGGAGGACCCGGGGAAAGCAAUGAAUCGGGCCUCGAUAGCUGUAGAGGGACUCCGUUUCGCUGAGGUCGAGAGAAGUUUCGCGUGGGAUGAACUCCUCGCGUGUGGUUUGCGUGCGAAUUGCUACCACCGUGUCCACCAGGCGCUCGGCUUUGGUGCCUUCGAUAAAGACGUGCUCAAGCGCGGCGGAAAGGGCGGCUAA